AUGAGUGCAGUUCUUAAUGCAGUAAAGAGCAUAAGAAAGAGCGUGUCUCUGGUUGAAGGUUUGGACACAUUAUAUUCUUUUCGUAUUUACCUUUAUAUUAUUAUUAUUAAGGGAAAAUGUCCUGAAGAUGGAUGGGAUGAAAGCACCAUUGAGCUCUUUCUUCAUGAACUUGCUAUAAUGGAUAGCAAUAACUUUCUGGGCAACUGUGGUGUGGGUGAGAGAGAAGGAAGAGUGGCAUCGGGACUUGUUGCCCGAAGGCAUUACAGGUUGAUCCAUGGAAUUGGAAGGUCAGGUGAUAUUUCUGCAGUCCAGCCUAAAGCUGCAGGGUCUAGCCUUUUGAACAAACUUACUAAUUCAGUAGUUCUGGAUAUUAUAAAGCUGGCUGGUGUCCGGACAGUGACCAAUUGCUUUGUGGUUCCUAUGGCAACUGGCAUGAGUCUAACUCUGUGUUUUUUAACAUUGCGGCACAAGAGACCAAAGGCAAAAUACAUUAUCUGGCCACGUAUAGACCAGAAAUCUUGCUUUAAGUCAAUGAUAACUGCAGGUUUUGAGCCAGUGGUGAUAGAAAAUGUGUUAGAAGGCGAUGAGCUACGGACAGACAUUGAAGCAGUGGAGACUAAAAUCAAGGCUCUUGGAGCUGAAAAUAUUCUUUGUGUGCAUUCUACAACGUCUUGCUUUGCUCCAAGGGUACCUGAUAGGCUGGAGGAACUGGCUGUGAUUUGUGCUAAUUAUGACAUUCCCCAUAUUGUCAACAAUGCAUAUGGAGUUCAAUCUUCAAAAUGUAUGCAUCUUAUCCAGCAGGGUGCUCGGGUAGGCAGGAUAGAUGCUUUUGUGCAGAGCUUGGACAAAAAUUUUAUGGUUCCAGUAGGUGGAGCUAUCAUUGCUGGCUUCAACGAGUCCUUCAUUCAGGAGAUCAGCAAAAUGUACCCAGGAAGAGCAUCUGCGUCUCCUUCCUUAGAUGUCCUCAUUACACUUCUGUCUCUCGGUGCCAGUGGCUACAAACAGUUACUGAAAGAAAGAAAGGAGAUGUUUUCCUAUCUUUCAAGUGAGCUGAAGAAGCUGGCAGAUAACCACAGUGAGAGACUGUUAGACACACCACAUAAUCCCAUUUCCUUAGCCAUGUCACUGAAGAAUCUAGAUGAAAAUAAUGAUGCUGCUGUUACACAGCUUGGAUCUAUGCUUUUCACAAGACAAGUUUCUGGAGCGAGGGUUGUUCCCUGUGGGUCUGUACAAACAGUGAAUAACUACACUUUUAAAGGCUUUAUGUCACAUGCAAAUGACUAUCCCUGUGCUUACCUCAAUGCUGCCUCAGCAAUUGGAAUUAAAAAGCAAGAUGUAGAUGUAUUCCUGAAAAGACUCGACAAGUGUUUGAAGACUUCUAGAAAAGAAGCAAAGAAAGAAAAAAGUGUAAAUGAAAUAAGUAAUUCUAAUACAGGCACAGAACAACCUGAGGACUAGAAGAUACAGAUUUAGUAACACAGGGAGAUACGGUUUUGGUUGAAGUAUGUCAGGUUUGUAUUGGGUUAGCAUUGUGAAUCUGCAGUGCAGAAAAUUUGUUCCUGAUCUGAAAACAACAAAAAAAGUUGGGCAAAAUUCAGCUUUAGAGAAAGUAGGUGAUACUCUUUCCAGGACAGAGGCCCAGACACAAGUUUUUUGCAGCGUAUAAAUAUGCUUAAUGUCUGCCAAAGUAAAGCUUUACAUUCGUAAAUACCUUGAGCUGUCCUUUCAGUCUCUGGGUGACUAUUUGGACCAGUGUUCAGCAAAUUACAGAAUGUGUAUUCACAUGUUUUUGAUUAAGAAGAUUUUCUGUGGCAGUGAUUGAAUUCCUUCCUAGGUAUGGACCAUCCAGCAAGAAAUGUUUCAGUGCUCUCAAAAUAUCUCAUUUCUCAUCAGCAUACUUGCCACUUCUCAUUUCUUUUUGAAGAUCUGUAUAAGUGCUGGGAUAGCCCUUACUAAAUACAGUGUUGAAACUCCAUGAGGAAAUGAUAGUUGGAAUAGUAGUGUUUUUCAGGUGUUCUUGCCUCUCAUGAACUGCCUAGAGCAAAGCAACCCUCAGUGGCAAUGGAGAACCUAGAAUACUUCAUAUCCUGUCAGUACUCAGCUCUUGGAAACUAUUUGCAUAGUUCAGCAA